AUGGUGACACUGGAGGAGAGUCUGUUUCUUUUCCAGAUCAUCUUCUACGAGGACAGAGACUUCCAUGGUCGAUUCCACGAAUGCGACAAUGACUCCAGCGACCUGCACACAUACUUCAGCCGCUGCAACUCCAUCAGAGUGGAGGGAGGUUUCUGGGUAAUCUACGAGAGACCAAACUACAUGGGCUACCAGUACGUGCUGAGCCCCGGGGAAUAUCCAGACUACCAGCACUGGCUGGGCAUCAAUGACACCAUCAGGUCUUGCCGCAUUAUUAGGAAUGUGGGGAAUUCAUGGAGGCUGAAGGUGUGGGAGAGGCCAAACUUUGAGGGCCUGUCCAUGGAGGUGGCAGACAACAUGCCUGCCUUCCACGAGCGCUGGGACAGCCACGAUGUCCACUCCUGCAAGGUGUUCGAAGGAGCCUGGAUCUUCUACGAGCACCCCAACUACACGGGGCACCAGUACCUGCUGGAGAGGGGCGAGUACAGACGGUACUCUGAGUGGGGGGGCAUGAAGCCCACUGUUGGAUCCAUCCGCCGGGUUACACAACACUAG